AUGCAUAUCCUUCCCAGCCCAGAAAAAGAAGCCACCAUGAGUAACGUCACGGUCACUGACAACACUGAGCCCAUCAGCCGCACCAUGAGUCCAGCCACCCCUAGCCCGUAUUCCUACCCUGUUAGUUUCCAAGUCUCCCUGACAGGCUUCCUCAUGCUGGAGAUCCUGUUGGGCCUGAGUUCCAACCUCACUGUGCUCGCUCUCUACUGUAUGAAAUCAAACCUCAUUAGUUCCGUCAGUAACAUCGUCACUAUGAACCUCCACGUGCUGGAUGUGCUGGUUUGUGUGGGCUGCAUCCCUCUCACUAUUGUGGUUGUGCUGCUUUCCCUGGAAGGAGACACUGCCCUCAUCUGCUGCUUUCAUGAAGCCUGUGUCUCUUUUGCCAGUGUUGCCACUGCAGCUAAUGUGCUCGCAAUAACUCUAGAUCGCUACGACAUCUCAGUGAAACCCGCCAACAGAGUGCUGACCAUGGGCCGUGCUGUGGCACUGCUGGCUACCAUUUGGGUUCUAUCCUUUGCCAGCUUCCUUGUACCCUUUAUCGAGGUUGGAUUCUUCGCUCAAGGCCACGCUGAGUUGAACCAAACGGUGGCAGAAAAUAUGGUGAACACCAAUCAGUAUAACACUGAAUUCGGCCUCUACUAUCACUUACUUGCCCAGAUCCCUAUUUUCUUCUUUACGGCUGUCGUGAUGCUCAUCACCUACUCAAAGAUCCUGCAGGCGCUCAACAUCCGCAUUGGCACACGUUUCCACGCCUCACAGAAGAAGAAGGCUCGCAGGAAAAAGCGUCCAUCCAUGACAGCCAUGACAACACAGCAGGAGGCCACAGACGGAUCGCAGAGCAGCGGUAGUCGGAAUCCCACUCUGGGAAUGCGUACCUCUGUCUCUGUCAUAAUUGCCUUGCGAAGGGCUGUUAAGCGUCACAGAGAGAGGCGGGAGCGCCAGAAGAGAGUUUUCAAGAUGUCUCUCCUGAUUGUGUCUACCUUUUUACUGUGCUGGACGCCCAUCACUGUUCUCAACACAGUUAUCCUCAGUAUAGGCCCCAGCAGCCUAAUGGUCAAGUUGAGACUGGGCUUCCUUGUAAUGGCUUAUGGGACCACUAUCUUUCACCCUUUACUCUAUGCCUUCACAAGGCAGAAAUUCCAGAAAGUUUUAAGAAGUAAGAUGAAGAAGCGUGUGGUGUCAAUCAUUGAGGCAGACCCCACCCCUAAUAAUGCUAUCAUACACAAUUCCUGGAUCGACCCAAAGAGGAACAAAAAGGUGACAUUUGAGGACAAAGACGCCCAACUGAAACGCCUCUCUACUGAGAACGUGGAGUGA